CGAGGUUCCGGGGGUGGGGCGGACAGGAGGCGAGAGGACGAGCGGGUUAGCGGGCCGGCGGGCCGCGGCGAGCAAGAAAGCUGCGGCAGCGAUCGAGGAAGAGGAAGAGGCAGCGGGGGUGCGGCCGCGGAGGGGAGCUCCUCCCCCGUCCCCUCAUCCCCUCAGCUGAGUCCUCCAGCCCGGGGCGGGGCGGGGGUACGUGGAGCGGGGCUGGGCGGAGGAGCUGCUCGGAGUCGGGCCGGGGCGCACCCCAGCUCGCCGCGCACGCCGCUCACAGGAACUUUGUGGCGGCGCCGCAGGUGUGGGGGCCCGCGGAGGUGUGCAUGUGCUGUGCGAGGGCGUCGCGGAGAGCGGCCGCUGCCCUGUCCGGCCCCCUCUGGAGUAACCCGGAGGAGUCGAGCGAGGAGAAAGGGGAACCCACCCCUAGAAAGAAGCUUUCUUACAUUGACUGACACUGCUGGGUUUGAAGCUCCUCCUUUCACUUGGGAAAACUUUGGAAGGUGUGUACCCUCUUCCUGAUUCUGGAGAAAAAUGCCGGUCCGGAAGCAAGAUACCCAGAGAGCAUUGCACCUUUUGGAAGAGUAUCGUUCAAAACUAAGCCAAACUGAAGAUAGACAACUCAGAAGUUCCAUAGAACGGGUUAUUAACAUAUUUCAGAGCAACCUCUUUCAGGCUUUAAUAGAUAUUCAAGAAUUUUAUGAAGUGACCUUACUAGAUAAUCCAAAAUGCAUAGAUCGUUCAAAGCAGUCUGAACCACUUCAGCCUGUGAAUACCUGGGAAAUUUCCAGCCUUCCAAGCACUACUGUGACUUCAGAAACACUGCCAAGCAGCCUUAGCCCUAGUGUAGAGAAAUACCGAUAUCAAGAUGAAGAUACACCCCCUCAAGAACACAUUUCUCCACAAAUCACUAAUGAGGUGAUAGGUCCAGAAUUGGUCCAUGUCUCAGAGAAGAACCUGUCAGAGAUUGAAAAUGUUCAUGGAUUUGUUUCUCAUUCUCAUAUUUCGCCAAUAAAGCCAACAGAAGCUGUUCCUCCCUCUUCUCCCACUGUCCCUGUGAUCCCUGUUCUGCCAGUCCCUGCUGAGAAUACUGUCAUCCUACCCACCAUACCACAGGCAAAUCCUCCUCCAGUACUGGUUAAUACAGACAGCUUGGAAACACCAACUUAUGUUAAUGGCACUGAUGCAGAUUAUGAAUAUGAAGAAAUCACACUUGAAAGGGGAAAUUCAGGGCUUGGUUUCAGCAUUGCAGGUGGUACAGACAACCCACACAUUGGAGAUGACUCAAGUAUUUUCAUUACCAAAAUUAUCACAGGGGGAGCAGCUGCCCAAGAUGGAAGAUUGCGGGUUAAUGACUGUAUAUUGCGAGUAAAUGAAGCAGAUGUUCGUGAUGUAACACAUAGCAAAGCAGUUGAAGCAUUGAAAGAAGCAGGGUCUAUUGUACGCUUGUAUGUAAAAAGACGGAAACCAGUAUCAGAAAAAAUAAUGGAAAUAAAGCUCAUUAAAGGUCCUAAAGGUCUUGGGUUCAGCAUUGCUGGAGGUGUUGGAAAUCAGCAUAUUCCUGGGGAUAAUAGUAUCUAUGUAACCAAAAUAAUUGAAGGGGGUGCAGCACAUAAGGAUGGUAAACUUCAGAUCGGAGAUAAACUUCUAGCAGUGAAUAGCGUAUGUUUAGAAGAAGUUACUCAUGAAGAAGCAGUAACUGCCUUAAAGAACACAUCUGAUUUUGUUUAUUUGAAAGUGGCAAAACCCACAAGUAUGUAUAUAAAUGAUGGCUAUGCACCACCUGAUAUCACCAACUCUACUUCACAGCCUGUUGAUAAUCAUGUUAGCCCAUCUUCCUUCUUGGGCCAGACACCAGCAUCACCAGCCAGAUACUCACCAGUUUCUAAAGCAAUGCUUGGAGAUGAUGAAAUUACUAGGGAACCAAGAAAAGUUGUUCUUCAUCGUGGCUCAACAGGCCUUGGUUUCAACAUUGUAGGAGGUGAAGAUGGAGAAGGAAUAUUUAUUUCUUUCAUCUUGGCUGGAGGACCUGCUGAUCUAAGUGGAGAGCUCAGAAAAGGAGAUCGUAUUAUAUCGGUAAACAGUGUUGAUCUCAGAGCUGCUAGCCAUGAGCAGGCAGCAACUGCAUUGAAAAAUGCUGGCCAGGCUGUAACAAUUGUUGCUCAGUAUCGUCCUGAAGAGUACAGUCGUUUUGAAGCUAAAAUUCACGACUUACGGGAGCAGAUGAUGAAUAGUAGUAUUAGUUCAGGGUCAGGUUCUCUACGAACUAGCCAGAAGCGAUCCCUCUAUGUCAGAGCCCUUUUUGAUUAUGACAAGACUAAAGACAGUGGCCUUCCCAGUCAGGGACUGAACUUCAAAUUCGGAGAUAUCCUCCAUGUUAUUAAUGCUUCUGAUGAUGAGUGGUGGCAAGCCAGACAGGUUACACCGGACGGUGAAAGUGACGAGGUUGGAGUGAUUCCCAGUAAACGCAGAGUUGAGAAGAAAGAAAGAGCCCGUUUAAAAACAGUAAAAUUCAAUUCUAAAACAAGAGGAGAUAAAGGGCAGUCAUUCAAUGACAAGCGUAAAAAGAACCUCUUUUCCCGAAAAUUUCCCUUCUACAAGAACAAGGACCAGAGUGAGCAGGAAACAAGUGAUGCUGACCAGCAUGUAACUUCUAAUGCCAGCGAUAGUGAAAGUAGUUACCUAAUCUUGAUUACAGAUGAGUAUGGCUGCUCUAAAGGUGGUCAAGAAGAAUAUGUGUUGUCUUAUGAACCAGUGAAUCAACAAGAAGUUAAUUAUACUCGACCAGUUAUCAUAUUGGGACCUAUGAAAGACAGAAUAAAUGAUGACUUGAUAUCAGAAUUUCCUGACAAAUUUGGAUCCUGUGUUCCUCAUACAACCAGACCAAAACGAGAUUAUGAGGUAGAUGGAAGAGAUUAUCAUUUUGUGACUUCAAGAGAGCAGAUGGAAAAAGAUAUCCAGGAACAUAAAUUCAUUGAAGCUGGACAGUAUAACAACCAUCUAUAUGGAACAAGUGUUCAGUCUGUGCGAGAAGUAGCAGAAAAGGGCAAACACUGUAUACUUGAUGUGUCUGGAAAUGCUAUAAAAAGAUUACAGAUUGCACAACUUUACCCAAUAUCCAUUUUUAUUAAACCCAAAUCCAUGGAGAAUAUCAUGGAGAUGAAUAAGCGUCUAACAGAAGAACAAGCCAGAAAAACAUUUGAGAGAGCCAUGAAACUGGAGCAGGAAUUUACUGAACAUUUCACAGCUAUUGUACAGGGAGAUACGCUGGAAGACAUUUACAACCAAGUGAAACAGAUCAUAGAAGAACAGUCUGGUCCUUACAUCUGGAUUCCAGCAAAGGAAAAGUUAUGAAGAUUCAUGUUUCCCUAUUUCUUUUUUCCACCAUCUCAAAUUCUUUGACAUGUCUUUGCCCUUUCCUUCUGGAGUCUGUCUUCAGUACUCCUUUUGUGUUUAAUCCUGUCCCACUUAUCAUGGUCUUCAGUUAUGCUUAUUUUUGACAUCUGAUGUCUCCUUCACAUUGUAUCAUCUAUAUUAUUCCAUGUCACUGUUGAUUUGUGGCCAUUUUUCUAAGCUGAAGAUGGAUGGCUGACCAGCUAUUAAGGGUUUGGGGAGACGCAGAAAGUGUGGUAAAAUUCCUUAAUGUUUAAGGGAAAGAAACUUUAAGACAUUUGCAGAAAAGCUUUGUAUACAUUCUUUUCAAAUUUCAAUAUAAAUGAAAGAAAAGUGGUUUUAAUCAGUGAUUUAGUAGACUUCGAGUAACUGUGCACACUUAACUUUAGUAGCAUGGUUUGGCCAAUGUUAUUAGCUCUCAAGUCCUUUUCUCAAUUGACUUCUGUUAUCAAAGUAAUUAUUUCAUUAUAGAUAAAUAAGAAAAAUGUUUUUUUUUUUUAAUUUCAAAAUUAGUGUCCGAGUUGACUUUCAUAAUUUCACAAGGGAUAUUCAUUUUUCAUAAUAGUCUUUAAAGUUUUUUAUUGUUUGAAGUUUUCUUUUUUCCCCAGUACAUUUGCUAGAAAUAACAAUGUUCAAAUGUUUUUAAUCUACUUGUGCAACACUGUUUAGUUUCUUAUAAAAAUUGUUCAUACAUAAUGAUCAUCACAUUUUCUGAAUUAAGGCCAUGUUUAGGUGCUAGGGGAGCUCACCUUUUACACAGAAGGUUGAGAAAAUGUCACAGAUGUAAAUGCAGACAAGACAUUACAGUGGAGUUGUAGUAAUCAUUAUGGGCAAUGGAAAAGGAGUCCAAUUCAUAGUCUAAAAACUUUAAAUGUAUUCUUAGGGGUCAGAUUUUAAUGAAUAUUUUACCCACAAUAACUGCCUAUUUUGUUAUAAUAAAAUAUAUAUAUAAAUAUAUAUAAAACUUUCUUUAACUAAACUGUAACUAUGGGAAUUAUUUUCUUUACAUAGUUGCACACACACACAAACAUAUAUAUAUAUAUAUUUAAAAUAUAUUUUUUCUUUUGCCACCUACUCCUAACUUUUUGUUUGAUUUUUAAAUUAAAUAUAAAUUGAUCAAGCUUAUCUUCCUUAAUCAUGUGAACGGAAAACAGGAGUACAGUGGUUGUGAGGAGAAGCCUCUAGGGAAAUUAGAUUGCAAGUAAAAGUAUGAGCAUGUUCUCCUCUUCUACAGAAAUUUUCAAAAGGUUCCCACGGCUGGGCUGGGGGGGUGUUUGUUUUUGUUUUUGUUUCAUCGUUUUUCUUGUCAUUGGGUUUGAUUUUGGUCCUCUGCCUUUCCUUCCAGUUCUUCUUUUUUUAUUAAUAGGAAAACAGGCAAAAACCCUAUUUAUGUGUGAGUUUCCCCCUCAGACACCUUUCAUCCUGUGUAGCUGCUCUGCACUAGAGUUGCCCAGAUCAUCAUGGUGAGCAAUUUUAAGAUAUUUUAUUGAAAGGUAGAAGUUACUUCAGAACUCAAUUUCUCUGGUCCUUUUUAUUAAUAAUAUCAUUCGGCUUCCCAUUGCUCUUUGGAGUUGCUUAUUAAAUAUGUGGUUUUUGACAACCUCCUCAUUAAAAUUUAAAUGAAUACUGGUUUGUAAAGAAUUAGCAACAUUAUCCAUUCCAUUUAUGAGAAAGAGGAGAACAGCUAAUAAACUUUAUUGUAAAAAUCUGCAUGUUAAAUGUGUCUUGAAUUUUGAAAGAAAAAUUUUAUAGGCUAACGUUUUCUUGGAACAAUUUAGGUCAUUUCAUCAUUUACAACCUGAAUUCAAAAACCAUUAUGUAAUAAAUUAUAGCUCUUAACACUAAAUGUAGUAGAUUGCUAGAUAAUCACAUUAUAGACCAAGAAGAAAUAUAAGAUGGUGACGUGUUAAAAUCUGUAUCACAUUGCUUUCUGGAUAUCUUUAUUAAAUGAUUUUUUGUAAGAAAUUUAUUUAUGCAACUUUUAGAUCAUAUAGGAUUAUUAAUGGAAUAACUAACUGCCAAGUACUACACAAUAGCCACUUCAGUGUGUUAUAAGUAAAUUUUAAAAAGGUGUUAGUAGCCCUCCUGUAAGGCAUAAGUGAAAUCUCUUGCCCAGCAUGACUCAGCUAGAAAGUGGCAGUGCUUGGUGUUCAGAUCCAAGUCUGCCCCAGGUGUGUGUUUUUUUCCAGUAUACUAUGCUGCCUCAGCUUUUAGCCUCUACUGUGCAAGGCACUGUGACUCAAAUUCUUAUUUUUGUAUCCCUUUACAAAUAAGGAAAGAGAUUGAAAUGGAGAUUCUUGCUCAAAGUCAGUAGGGACAGAUAGAGUAAGUCACUCCCAUCACAACUGAAAAGACUGUGAAAAACAAGUCAGCCUAGCACUGUCACGAUAACGUACAAAAAAGGAACCUCUUUGGAACCAAAAUUUCAGCCAUAAUUCAAAAGAAAAUGUCCACUACUCUAAUAAACAGGGAGUGAUCAUACAACUUUAUAAAAUAUUCCAUGUUUUUAUAUGCCUCUCGAUGUCCUUAAGUUGGCAAAAAGGAAAAUGCCUCUUAAAAUGCGAUGACACAUUUCUGGUUGCUUUCCUGUUCCAUAACUGUAUUGGGCUCCUUAAUAAAUGAUAGAAACAAGUUUGUGGAACUCAUUCCACCAAAAUACACUCUGUUUAACAAACACCUGCUAAGCACUGCUUUGCAUUUAAACUCCAAACGUGGCAUUUUUGGGGACUACAAUACUGAGCACAAUGCUUUCUAAAGUAUUAGGGUAAACAGUUGUCUUCCAAGAUUAUUCUCUGCCUUAAAUACUCUUAAUUUACAUGUGGUAAAAUAGAACCCCAACAAUCCCCAUGACUUAACAAAAGUUACACUACAAAUCCAGAGCAUGAUCAGGAUUAGAACCUUUAACCCCUGACUCCUUAAGAGUGGUUUUUCUCCCAUAACAGUUUUUUCCCUCCCAUGGCUGCAAGCUGAACUGAAUGGGUGGUUGAAUUCCCGGGGAUUUGAAUUACUGAAGAAAAUAAAUAUCAGUAGGUUUUUCAUAUUUAUUGAGGAAUUUACAAUUUGAAAGGUAGAGAAAAGAUAGGUGUUAGUUUUCUGGCCCACAUUUAGACCACUUGUGCCAGUCCAGUGUUCUGUAACACUGUUGUGUUUUCUUCCUUCAGAGUUGCACAGUACACCUCUCACUGAAUUUGGCAGCAGUGCAUUGUGAUGUGAAGAACGUGGGCUUGGGAAUCCCAGCUGAGUCUAAAUGCCUGUUCUGCCAUUAUGAGUUACAUACCUAACCUUUAGCAAGUCUCAUCAUCCCUCUUAACUGAGGACUUAAAUGAACUGGAGAUACUUUGAGAUCAGUAAGAUUAUAAAUAAUGUGGGCUAGCACAUAGUACACCCUAAAGUCAAUUCUCUUUUCCUUUGGAUUAAGAAACCAGGAAUUGUCCUAACUCCUUUUGUGCAGAUUAACCUGACCCUGAGUUUUACCUUAGUUGCAGUGGGAUUUGAUUGCCUUACAGGAUUGUUCUAAGUGUUGAAUAGUGUAUACGAAACACCAAUCAUAUCAUCUGACACUCAACAUUCAAUACCUAUUCUUGCCCUUACUCUGGGAUAUACUUAUGGUUGGUAGCCACAGAGCGAGAGACUAUAGUCCACCAUUUUUCAUUACCUGUGGAGAAAUUUUCUUUGUCAGACUUUAGUUAAGAAAUUACUUAUACUUCAGUCCCUAUAAUCAGAUGUGCUCAUCUCCUCUAAGGAUCCCUAUUUUUUGUCAGAGAUGCUGUGAGUUGUGGCCCACCCUAACUCAACUUCAAACAUGGAACUGGAAGACAACUGGGUUGCUUAAACCAUCCUCAUGUCCAUAGUUGAAGACCCAACAGUCUGGCAAUUCUCCAUAAUAUUAAUUGUUGAUGGUCUAUAAACAGGCCUAAGAUAGUAGAGUGAAAUAUUACUUAAAUCAUUGCAAUAAAAUACUGUUUCACUCAAUUCAAUUAAAAAUAGAAUGAUCACAGCUUACUCAUUGACUACUUUUUCAUCCACUUUCUAACACCAGCUCUUUCUCUCUUCACCUUUAAAUAGAGUUACGUAAGCUGAUAAAACAAAGCCUGAUCUGCUGGAUAGCCUUAUGAACUGCCUUAUGGUGGUCAAAUAAUUUGCUCUUGUUUGAGACUUUGGGGAGCAGGUACCAGACAGACCUGACCAGGAGGAGUUUCACACUCUGAUUUGCCCAGUAUCUCUAUUAAUGAUAGUAGUAGUGAACAGAUGGAGAAAAUUAGGGAAAGGAUACCAGAGAAGGGUCAAGGUUAGAAUUCUGGUUCUGUUGGUGUGUUUUGGUUUUCUACUUUUUAUUGAAGUGUGACAUACAAUACAUAUAAUGUGUAAAUAUAUCUAAGUGUACAUGUACCCCAGGGAUUUUUUAUAAACCAGCAUUACUUUAUAUAACCUGCACCCCAGGUCCCUUUAUCAGCUCCCUCCUAGUUGUUCCUACUACCCUAAAGAAAACCACUAUCCUUUCUUAUCUUUUUAGAUUUCAUUCUUUUUGGUAUGCAGUUCUGAGUUUUGAUGCCUGCAUAUAGUCAUGUAAGUCCCACCUCCUUGUGAGCACAAUACAGACAGUUACAUUAUCCCAAAAGUUUCUCUCAUGUUUGUACCUGUAGUUAAUACCUCCCUCCUACCCUAAAGCCUGUGGUUUUUAUUUGCCUUUCCCAGAAUGUCAUAUAAAUGGAAUCAUCAUACAUAGCAUUUUAUGUGUGGCUUCUUUGAUUUGGCAAAAGACUUCAGAUUCAUGUUGCUGCAUGUAUCAAUAGUUUGUUAGUUUUUAUUGCUGAUACUCUCUUUCUUGGAUGUACACAAUAAGUUUGUCCAUUCACUGGCUGAAGGACUUCUGGAUUGUUCCUGAUUUUUCCUACUAUAGCUUUGUAUUUCUUUGCCAUGCUGGGUCCACAGGGACAGGGAGCAGCAAGGAGGAAUGGGUUUUUGAGGUAGAAAGCCAUGAUGAACACUCCCUAGCCCAACUCCAUCAAUACUGUGAGCAUCCACUCGUUCUGGUACCUGCACAGGAGCCUGUCAUCCUAAAACAAAGUUUAUAUGCAAAAUAAUAGAUCCCAAGAACCUGAUCAUAGAAGGGAUUGUGCCCAAAACGGAGUCUAUAAGAAAGAGCACUUUAGAAUUUCAAACCUCAGAAAUAACACUCAGAUGAUCCAGUAGCUGGGUGUGCGAGAUCCUUAUUACUGGUUACUAAGGGAAAUAAAUGUUUAUUAAGUAAACCAGAAUAGGAAUUAGAAAAUAGUGGUAGAUUCAAAUAAUUCUAGUUAAUUUAACUAUACAUAAACCUCUUUUAAAACAUCACUAUGUAAAAUAUUGGAACAAAAUGAAAGCAUUUUAACCCUAUAUAAUGAUCAGUUAGUUACUCUCUUUCAUCUACUCAUAUACAGUUGUUCCUCAGUGUCUAUGUGGGGGACAGGGGUGUGUCUAAGACACCCUCUACAGGUACCAAAAUCUGUGGGUAUUCAAGUCCAUUAUAUAAAAUGAUCUAGGAUUUUCAUAUAACCCAUGCACAUCCUUUCAGAUGCUUAAAGUCAUCUCAAUAUUCUAUUAUGUAGCUCAUAAAUGCUUGAGCAUCCUCAGAUUGUUGUGUCCUCAGAUUUUGGUAUCUAGUGGAAUUCCUAAAACCAGUCCCACGUGAAUGCCAAAAGAUGGUGGUAGUUUGAACAACAAACUGAAAACAAGCCAUUUAACUUAGGAAACAGUCCAUGGAGACAAAGCAAUGAUCUUUUCAGAAAAUCUGAGUUUUUUUAAACACCAAAGAAUUGUGAUUUGUUUUUCAAAAAUAUUGUCUAUUUUCUUUGGAUGAUAACCUCUAUGCAUUUUAAAUAUUUCUUACAUUAUUAUAGACAUCUAAUUCUAGUGCCAUGUACUUGAAGGGACUUUGUUUAUCAGAGAUGGCUCCACUGAUUGCUUAGCAUGCACUUGACCUUUUCUGCACGUAGGUAUUCCACAGGACCUCGUCAGCCUUUUCUGUUCUCACAGUAUGACUUCCAAGUGUGUUUAAAAAAAAAAAAUUAUUUAAAUUGGCUCUAGGCAACCUUAGGAACUACUGGUGUUUUUCCAAAGUAGGAAUAUUGAGCAUUUCCCUGUUUCUGCCAAUCAGUUGUUAAUGAAUCAUUUGAAUGGUUAUUACUACAGUAGAAUUCUUCUAAUUAUAUGGAAGUCAGUGCCCAGGACAAUUAGCUGUGAAACUUGCUAAUGUCAAUGAUAAAUUGAACUUUCUGAUGGAAGAAAAGAUUGGGAGUGAUGUAAUCUUUCUCCUUUAGGAUGUCUAAAAUUAGGUUCAUUUACCUCACAGAUGGAAUAGCUGAAGACGAGGAAGUGUAUGAAAGUCCCAUAUGUUCCAUCCUGAAUCUCUACAAAUAAAG